CAAGAGGGGGAAUCCUUGACCUGGAGGCCAAAACUUGGCCCUGGUACCAGCUUAACAGGCAAGGGCUCUCUCCUGGGUCCCAGCAGUCAUCCCAGUUCUCACUGUGUCUGGGAGCUGAACAUAUAGUCAGGCCUGUUCUUGUCCCUGCUCAGAGGCCCCUGGAGAGAAGGUGAUGGCCUGGGCCAUGGAGCUGCAUGCCAUGUGCCUGCAUAUACCUGAUGUUGCACAGUUUGGGGCCCCAAGUCCAGUGGGCCCAGUGGUUCUGCCACAGAUGAAUUCAUAUUUGCACCACCCUAUGCAGGCUAAGGACAGCGAUGAUGAUGAUGAUGUCACUGUCACCGUGGACCGAGACCACUUCAUGGAUGAGUUUUUCGAGCAGGUGGAGGAGAUUCGGGGCUUCAUUGACAAGAUUGCAGAGAACGUGGAAGAGGUGAAACGGAAACACAGCGCCAUCCUAGCCUCCCCCAACCCUGAUGAGAAGACGAAGGAGGAGCUGGAAGAACUCAUGUCCGACAUAAAGAAGACAGCAAACAAAGUUCGUUCAAAGUUAAAGAGCAUCGAGCAGAGCAUCGAGCAGGAGGAAGGCCUGAAUCGCUCCUCAGCGGACUUGAGGAUCCGGAAAACACAGCACUCCACGCUGUCCCGUAAGUUUGUGGAGGUCAUGUCAGAGUACAAUGCAACGCAGUCUGAUUACCGUGAGCGCUGCAAGGGCCGCAUUCAGAGGCAGCUGGAGAUCACUGGCCGGACCACAACAAGUGAGGAGCUGGAGGCUAUGCUGGGGGGUGGAACCCCUGCCAUUUUUGCCUCUGGGAUCAUUAUGGACUCCAGCAUCUCGAAGCAGGCUCUGAGCGAGAUUGAGACAAGGCACAGUGAGAUCAUCAAGCUGGAGAAUAGCAUCCGUGAGCUGCAUGACAUGUUCAUGGACAUGGCCAUGCUUGUUGAGAGCCAGGUUGCUUUCCUAAAGUCCUGCCCUGAGUCCCCUCCCAAUCCUGUGGAGGGGGCCCUCUGGAACUCGGGUGCCCCUGGCCGCCCCGCAGGGGGAGAUGAUUGACAGGAUUGAGUACAACGUGGAGCAUGCUGUGGACUACGUAGAGAGGGCUGUGUCUGACACAAAGAAGGCUGUCAAGUACCAGAGCAAGGCCCGCCGGGUCAGUAGCCCAUUCUGCCAUCCUGCUGCCUACCCCUUCCCUUCCUCCUUUUGUCCCUUCCCUCCCUCCUCCCUUCCCCUCAUAGAUCCUACAGACAGCACUCAUAAUCUCUCCCCACCUCCCACCCUAUCUGAGGACCCUCCUGCCUGCUCCCCUGCAGAAGAAAAUCAUGAUCAUCAUCUGCUGUGUAAUCCUGGGCAUCAUCAUCGCCUCUACCUUUGGUGGCAUCUUCGGAUAGAAGCCCCGAACUGCCACUACACUCUGGAUAGGCCACCCUAAGGAAGCCCCUGGCUGCUGCUGCCUGGCUGGGUUGCCCUUCCCACCCCACCUUACCUCUGGCUUGGAGCACUCCCUCCCACCCCCACUGUGCUGUUCUCUUCUGUGGGUCCUCCAGUCCCACCCUGCCCUGAGCCACGUUGUGUGCAUGAUCCUUGUGACCGUGUCGUCUGUACAGAAGAGGCAGAGGAAACAGCCCGUGGACCCCAGCCCUGGCCACCUUUCCUUACCAAAUAGGGCUGCCCAGGGUAGCACAUGCUACCCUUCCUCCAAUAAUGCCACUCAGGCCUGAGGGAGCAGCCCUUUCCCAGGAUCUUUCUGGACCCCAACCUUGCUUCCAGCUGACCUACUCACCUGCCUGGUCCUCUGGCCUCUCCAGCUGUCCCUACAAGCCGGACCCCAAGGGAUGGGCAGACCAGCUGGCCACAUGGUGCUGCUUUUCAGGUUAGGGGAGGGAUGGCCCUGAAGGACAGCCCAGCUCUAAGCCUCUAACAGCUAAUCACUGCCAGGGAGGCUCAGGGUGCUGUGACCUCCAGCCAUGUCAAGACCAGGCUCCCUCUCCUACGAAGGGCACAUUCUAACUGGCCUUCAGCCUCAACUUCCCUUCCCACAUUCCUACAGCUCCAGGAGCAACCCCUUUGGACUAGGCCAAACCCCAGGAAACCCUCUGAAAGAGGCUGGCUGGUGCCCAGUCCCAGCCACCCCUGCAGCUAGGGAGGCAGAGCAGGCUUUAGUCCGUUCUCCAGCCAGUGUUGCAUGUUUGGGAUGGUGGUCCCUGCUCUCUUGUGCUCCAGGAAAUCAGAUGUCACUUCAGGCCUACAAUCUCACCCUGCCCUCACCAUCUCCCGUUGAUGUGCCACAUGGGUGUCAGUGUCUUGGACACAGUAUUCAGCAGCCAGCCAGGGAGGGCCACCUCCCCGCCAUCUUGGGGUUUAUCAGAAACGGGCCCCCACCCCAAGACCCCCUCUCCCUUGUUGACAGGCAAGGAGUGUGCAUGCGAGUGCAUGCCAACAGGAGAUGGGGCCAUGUCUGGGUGCCCCAUCUGCCCUCAGCUUUGCUCCUGCCUAGUGACUGUGACCAAUGUCCGUGUUGCCUUCAAUAGCGACUCCCUCCCACCCCUUCACCAAAGUUCUUGUACAACCAGCUGCCCAUUUUGUGAAAUUUUUAUGUAGAAUAAACAUUUGUAUCUGUA